UUUACAGGAGAAGGCGAUGCUGUAAGAUGUUUCUAUUGUGAUAUUCAUCUGAUGCAGUGGCAAAAAGAUGAUGAUCCCCUGGUAGAGCACAUCCGUAAUUCACCAGAUUGUGAAUACAUACUAAAUCAGCUGCAAGAUAAUCCGCAGAACUUUGGUGCAAGCGGUAGAAAUGAUGCAGCUCAAGAAAAUAAUGCAGUGUUUGAUGAUCAUAACAGAGCUUAUGGUUCAGUACAUGAGGAAGGCAAAACAUAUUAUUCUAUUUUUGUUAUCUCCCUUCAAUUGAAGGCUGAUGUGAGAAAUUGUGAUCAGUCUUUGUCUGGCAUCAGUCUCUCAUCUCUUGUGAAUCAGCAUUUGCUUCGAUAAAUAUUUCUAAAAUGUUUGGCCAAUAUCACUUAAACUUGUGUAACUAUUAAUGAAAAGGGGUGAUCAUUGCAGAAUAUGUUACUGUUAUCACCAGACCAAUGAAAAGAAUUGAAAAUGAUUUCAUAGAAAUAAUCUUAAAAAUCUGCAACCUGGCAGAAAUAUUGCUAGAAGUAAUCUAGAAGUUUGUAUCUUUUAAUUUUUAUGACAAAUACAAUUAGCACUGAAUAGUAGAUCUUUUCUUCCUGUUGUCUUCAUUGUCUUUAUUGUAACCAAUGAAGAAUUUGGUCACCAAUGCAAUAAUCUGACGGUAUGUAAGGAAAUGUUAAAGUCAUUCGAAGCAUUUCAUUGUGAUCGUUCAGCAUACUUGAACAUUAUUUAAGUCAUUUUAACCAGUAGUGGGAAACUUCCAAAAUGGGAAAAUUGUUACUAAAUGUAGCAUCAGCAUUGUUUUGCUUGCUUCAUUUAAAAGGCCAGUUGUAUAAGAAUAUACAAAGUAUCUUUAAAUAAAAUAUUUAUUAAAAUUUAUUAAUAAAAUAAAAUAAGUCAACCCAAGUUCCUACUUUUCAAAAAUAAUUAUUAUCUUAAUAAAUUUUUUAUUCAGCUUUUAUGCUUCUGAGAUUCAAAGUUUUAAUUAUAAGAAACUAUUUAACCAUUUUUAUAUGGCCAUUUUUGAUAAACACACUAAAAUUAUGCAAUAGUGCAUGUCCCUUUCCUGUCCAGAGCAUAGCUUAAUUAAUAACCAUUCAGGGUAUUGAAUAUACAUAGGUGGUGAUGUGACAAUGUACAGAGUACAUGACCCAGAGCAUAACUUAAUAACCAUUCCAGGUAUUAUAUCUCCUACAUGUAGUGUGGGAGAUAUAUUGAUUUAAUGCUCUCUGUCUCUCUGUCCAUCUUUCACAAAAUUUGGCCACGCAAUUCCUCCAACACCACUGGAAGGAUCGACACCUAACUUCACGAGUGAUUAUUGCCAAGCCUAGUUAUGUAAGUUUUCAGUAUUUUCCAGUUUGAUGAUUUUCAGCAGACUUAUGCCCCUUGAUUUUUCAAAUUUUAUAAUGUUUUGGCCACUUCCCUUAUUUGAAUUGGCAGAUUUCCACCAAACCUUACAGGAGUGAUCAGUGUCAAGCCUCAUUAGGCAUUAGGUGGAUGGAUAGCUCAAUGGUUUGCACACUCCAGGCCUUCCAAUCCUGAGGUCGGGGGUUUGAUCCCCAGCAGCUACUUGGGAAUUUUCAGAAACGCUUUUCAGUGUUUCCCACCCAACUAGAGGUGUACUGGUCAGGAACCCAGGCAAUCCUUGCGUGUAUCAGUGCUAUAUACACUGGGCACGUUAAAGAACCAGGCUGUCUAUUCGCAACGAGCUAGGCUAAGUUAGCUGGACAAGCCUGUAUCUGAUUUCUGAUCUCUCUGUCGUGGGGGCUUUGUCUCACUCUGUUCCUCUGGUCAGAUCGCUCUGUGUCUGUACUAGUAGAGGAUGAAUUAUGCGCCCUGUGUGGCUGCAUUUGAACUAUGUAAAGCGCCUUUGAACGUGAAAUUGGUCAUGAAAAGGGCGCUAUAUAAAUCUGGUAUAAUGAUAAUAACAAUUUCUGCAUUUUCGAUGAUUUUCAGCAGAGUUUUGGCCCUGGAUUAAUGAAGUUUUAUAAUAUUUUUGGCCACUUCUUUUACAUUAGGCAGGUUUUCACAAAACCUUACAGGAGUGACCGGUGCCAAGUGUCAUUGUGCAUAUUGCCAGGAUGCUCGGGCUCUGUGGUUUUCAGUGGAGUUAUAUAUGGCCCUUAAUUUGUUGUAUUUUACCUUGUCCAGGCAACUGCUCUGAUACCAUCAGGAGGAAUUACACCAAACUUCACCUAACCUGACAAGUGAUUAGUGUGUAGCAUAGCUGUGCAAAUUAUCGUCAUGUUUGAUGAAAUGAUUUUCUGUGGAGUCAUGACCCAUGAUUUGUCAAAUUCAUUUAUCUGUGCUACUUUUCCUAUACCACUGGUUGGAAUUCAACCAAACUUCACUGGAGUAAGCACUACCAAGCCUAGUGGGUAUGUCAUUUGAAUGUUAUGGUUCAGUAAUUUUCCCUGGAGUUAUGGCCCAUAAUUUGUAGCAUUUUACAAUUUCUGCAUAAUAAGUGGUGGGAGACAUUUUUUGUGAAAAAAACCCCUCUAGUUGACUUCAAACUUGGUAUAUAGGUAGGUCGUGAGAGGAUAUACAAAGUGCAUGAACCAGGCUGGUACAUCAAAUGUCAAGGUCACAAAUUGAGCUCAAAUGUAAAAUCUGUCACAUUUUGUGUCCAGAACACAACUUAAAAACUAUUCAGGGUAUUGACUUGAAACUUGCAAUAUAAAUAGGUGAUGAUUAUGAUGGUAUAAUUUGGUAAAAAAGCAUUGAAAAGAGUUCAGAAGACUUAGAAAGAACAUUUAACUGUUUUACAUGUAAGAUCAAACAUUUUUCACUUGUUAACACCAGGUUUUGACCUUACACUGAAAAGAAAAUAUCAUGUAACAGCUGCUCUUGGCUGUACAUAUGUUAUAUCAUGAAAUUAAAGGUUUUUAAUCAAAGAACUAAUAAUAUAAAGAUUAUGUGACAUUGGUAUGAAUUAACCCUGUUGAUGACAAAUUCUUAAAAAAAGGGGUAAACAAUUUUACAGGGUAUAAAACUCAUCCUGUUUGUAAAUGACAAAUUUAAGCCAUUCAGAGUCUUUGAAUGCCCUGAAAAAAUAUCCCCAAAUUACCCUUAAAGUAUGUUUUUUGCUCAACUAUUGGAAGAAUAGGCAGAGCUAUUGAAAACACAUAUUUGUUGGGGUUCAAAUCAACAUCCGUGUCCCAGAUUUGUUAUGUUUUGUAUGUAAGCUGUUAUUUUAGUUACUGCUUGUGGGAUUGGAUUGUUCUUCAUACACUUGCUUACUGUGAUACGUGGACAUGCAGUUCACAGGUUCCAUAAAAUUUUCUUGAAAUUUUACAAAGUUAUGCCUCUUUUCAACUUAGCAAUUCUUGGUUAAGUUUUGAAUUUAAACUGGUAUGUCAUUGUCCACUGAUGGGAAUAGAUUGAAAUGUCACACAAUCACUGUGAUAUUCUGACAUGCAAUGCACAGGACCUGUACACUUACUUGCUAUUUAGUAUUGAAAAAAUGAGACAGGGGGUCAACAAAGUUUUGUUCCUAACACAAGUUUUUGCUACAAUAAAUUAUGAUUGUCCAAAAAAAGCCAUACUAACAAUAGUACAGGGAUUUUAUUGGCACAUUUGAAAUUUCUGCAUGACUAAAUUCUGUCAUUUACAGACAGUUAAGAAUGAAAUCUAAUAUCUUGUAAACUUGUUUUGCCCUUUUCACUUUUCAAUUUUAUGGGGACUUAUUUGGACCAAUGUCGCACAUACUCCUUUGGAGAAAGGGAAGUGUAUUUUUCAGGUGUGCAUCAAACAAGGUUUCGAUAUGCUAGGCUUGUGCAAGAAAAUGGUCGCUGGAGGUUAGAGAUAAAGAAUACCAAUAGCGCCAGGGAACAAACACAGUCUACCCAAAACAAUGCUAGCCAGAAACCUUUGAAGUGUGACACACAAAGAAGACAGUACCCACAUGGGGAACGAGGAAAUAAUCACCUCGAUAGAAACCACAGUGAAGCAACUAGUGAACUAUCAUGCGAGAGGUAUUCCCAUCAAGCUGAAUCCAGUGGAAUACAGGAAACUGUACAUCUACAGGAACUGAACUACAGGACACCACAUGGGGACCAAGGUUGGCACGCUGCAGGUCCAUAUAUGCACGAGUUUCAUGACCCAAGCUCAUCAACAACAGCAGCUAUAGACCGGGAGUUGGUCAACUAUCAUCUUGAUUCAGAUGAAGUGAGAAUGGUUCUUUCAGAAGGAUACUCUUUGACAGAUAUGACCUAUGUUGUGGAAGCCAUUUUGAGAGGUUCAGAUAUCUACAUUUUUAAGCUCGACUAUACAAAGUAUAUGGAGAGCUAUCCUACUCAACCCGGCAUCGGCGUCCUUCCGUGUCCCCAUCAUUGCUUAAGUCUUUAGCUCAACUAUUCGAAG